UAACUAUUUGAAGUAUCCAAGAUGAAUAAAAUGUUGUCUUUGCUUUCAUGUUUUGGAUCAUCAAUGGAGGACCAAUACAUACAUGUAUUAUUCUUUAUUGUUUUGAUCUUGCUGUCAUUAGAUUGCACUGCACUAGAUACCAUAUAUGCAAACCAAGAUAUCAAAGAUGGUAAAGCCACCCUUGUUUCCGAAGGAGAAACGUUUGAAUUGGGCUUUUUUAGUCCAGAGAAAUCCAAGCACCGAUACUUGGGGAUAUGGUACAAGAAGAUAUCAUAUGGUACUGUUGUAUGGGUUGCUAACCGGGAGCAACCAAUCACAGAUACAUCAGGCAUGCUCAAACUCAGCAGACAUGGAAACUUGGUGAUUCGCAGUGGCGGGAACCCCAUGGUCUGGUCAUCCAAAUCAAUGGGUAAUAAUACUGUAUUGGUGGCACAGCUUUUAGACACCGGAAAUUUUGUUGUGUGGAAUAAAAAUAAAAUGAUUUGGCAAAGUUUUGACUAUCCAGGGGACACCUUUCUUCCAGGAAUGAAAAUUGGGAAGGAUUUGGUUACUGGGCUGCAGAGGUGCCUGACCUCUUGGAAGAGCCCUGAUGAUCCUUCUAUGGGUGAGUAUAGGAAUAUACACGACACGAAUGGAUAUCCACAAAACUUAUGGUGGUAUGGUGAAAUUUUACGGGGAAGACUUGGACCGUGGAAUGGUCUCGCCUUUAGCGGUUUUCCUAUCUCAAAAGAAGAUCCUAUUUACUCAUCCGACUUUGUCAUGAAUGAAAAGGAAAUCUAUAUUACAUAUGAACUUAAAAAAAGUACAGUUUUUCAACGGGUGGUUUUGACAUGGGAUGGCAAGACACUGAUUUUGCAAUGGAUUGAGAGAAUCAAAGACUGGAUGGUGUACGCAAACGCUGAAGUAGAUACUUGUGAUCGUUUUUCAUUAUGUGGUCCAUAUGGAAUCUGUAGCAUUAACAAGCAUCCACCUUGUUCUUGCAUGGAUGGUUUUGAACCAAGAAAUCCAGAAGAAUGGGAAGCAUCUGAUUGGGGAAGUGGGUGUAUACGCAAAAAGCCUCUGCAUUGUGGUAAUGGGAGUGGUGAUCGGGAUGAGGAUGGUUUUUGGAAAAUUGAAAGAGUAAAGGUACCAGACACACGACGGUCAUGGUAUAAUGUGAGCAUGACCCUUGGAGAAUGUGAGAUAGCUUGCAAAAGGAACUGCUCUUGUACAGGAUAUACAAGUUUAGAUAUUAGAAAUGGAGGAAGUGGUUGUUUGCUAUGGCUUGAUGAGCUUCUUGACACUAGAGAGUAUGACGCAAAUCAAGAUAUUUACAUAAGAAUGGCAGCCUCUGAGUUGGAAGGUAUUUUUGACUCCCUGUCCAAUUCCAACAAAAAGAAAAGAAUACUUAUAGUGGUGCUUUUAACUUCAACAACUGUGCUACUUCUCUUUGCAGUGGCGUAUGCCUGUAGAAAAAUAAAGAAAAUCCCUCACAUAAAAGGACAAGGAAACUGGUAUGCGCUUGAUACAAAGAAUACAAGUCUACAAAUUGAUCAGCUUGAUGAGUUACAAUGUUAUAGCCUAUAUGAAGUAACGAGGGCCACAGGUAACUUCAAAGUCUCCAAUAAGAUUGGACAAGGUGGCUUUGGUCCGGUUUAUAAGGGUGUGUUAAAUGAUGGAAGAGAAAUAGCUGUGAAACGGCUCUCAGAAACAUCCCAACAAGGGUUUGAUGAGUUCAAGAAUGAAGUCAUCUGUAUUGCAAAACUUCAGCAUCGAAAUCUUGUGAAGCUUCUUGGAUAUUGUGCUCAUCAAAAUGAACUGAUUUUGAUUUAUGAGUACAUGCCUAACAGAAGCUUGGACUGCUUUUUAUUUGAUGAACCCGGAAGCUUAGUGCUUAACUGGCCUCAACGAUUCAAUAUAAUACAUGGGAUAGCUCGAGGUAUUCUCUAUCUACAUCAAGAUUCUCGCCUUCAAAUUAUCCACAGAGAUCUCAAGGCAUCUAAUAUUUUGCUGGAUGGUGACAUGAAUCCAAAAAUAUCCGACUUUGGCCUUGCUAGAAAUUUUGUAGGACAUGAUACCACUGCAAAGACAAAGAAAGUGGUCGGAACACACGGUUACAUUCCUCCAGAGUACGCAGUACACGGGCGUUUUUCUAUAAAAUCUGAUGUAUUUAGUUUUGGUGUUCUCAUGUUGGAGAUAAUCUCCGGGAAGAGAAAUAGAGAAUUCUCUCAUGGAAACCGCAGUGAUAACCUUCUUGGACAUGCAUGGAGACUGUAUAAAGAUGGAAGCUCUAUUGGAUUAUUGAGUGCAUCUUUACAGGCCUCAUGUGUGGUCUCUGAAGUACUAAGAUCAAUACAUAUUGCAUUGUUAUGCGUGCAACAUCAUCCAAAAGAUAGACCAACUAUGUGGUCAGUGGUUUUGAUGUUGGUUAGUGAGGGACCACUUCCUAUACCUAAAUCACCUGCUUUUUUCACUGAAGAGAGUUGUAGUGAACUUGAAUCUAUUCCAUCAGUUGAUGAAGACACAAUAACACUAUUGUAUGCUCGAUAGCAUGUGUGAUCAAGCAUGAGAUCCGCCUGUUUUCACUUGAUGUACUAAGGAGAAAUGUGGACUGAGGCGUUCUAUGGGAAACGUUUUAACAUAAUAAAAGGACGUAAUCCUUUCUUGGAGGGAGAUAAUUGUCAAGCUUGGACAUUCAUGGUGAUUUUGAAGUCUAAUGGAAAACUUACAUGAAGUUUGUUAGAUGGUUAUUAAACAUUGUCCGUUUUCCCAAAAUGUAACGUAUUUCAUAUUUGUAUACACAAAAUACAGAUACACAAAUUCAUUAGUUAAAUGUCAAUAUUUGUUCCCUGGCUUGUAUAAAGUGUUCUUGU